AUGGGAAACUGCAUAAGGAAAGGAUCGUCGACGGAAUGGGGCGGCGAAGACUGGGCCUCAUUCGGGUCGGGUCGCGACAUGGACGAACCCGGGCUGCCCCCGGUUUUGCCUUGUUCCUUGGAGGUGAAGAUCAAGAUAUCAAAGAAGGAGCUUCAGAAGCUGUUGAACGUGGAAGGGAUGUCGGUGGAGAAGGUGUUGGCGCAGCUCGUCGCCGGAGAGGAGAAUCAGCCGCCGUGGAGGCCGGCUCUUGGUAGUAUACCGGAAUGUGAUGCUGCAUGA